CCAACAUGGCGGCGGCGGCGGGCGCUGGGGCCGCCGCGCUCGGCGCCGCUCGCCUUUAGGGGCCGCCGAACACCUCCCCGAGCGCCCCGAGCCCCGCCGCGUCCGACAUGAGGGAGAAGGGCCGCAAGAAGAAGGGCAGGACCUGGGCAGAGGCCGCCCGGACGGUCCUGGAGAAAUAUCCCAACACACCCAUGAGCCAUAAGGAGAUCCUUCAAGUUAUCCAGAAAGAAGGACUUAAGGAAAUCAGAAGCGGGACGUCCCCCCUGGCCUGCCUGAAUGCCAUGCUGCACACCAACUCCCGCGGCGAGGAGGGCAUCUUCUACAAGGUCCCGGGCAGGAUGGGCGUCUACACCCUCAAGAAAUUGCUUGUCUGUAUUUCUGUUGACAUUUGUGUUCCGUGUCCCGCAGUGUCGCCCCGCCUGGCGCCCGCGGGCUCCCCGCAGUCCGGCUGCCCCUCGCCGUCCGUGCCGGGCAAGGGCCUCUCCUCCUCCCAGAAGCACAGCAAGAAGGCUCUGAAGCAGGCCCUGAAGCAGCAGCAGCAGAAGCAGCAGCAGCAGCAGCAGCAGCAGUGCCGGGCGGCCGUGGGGCCGGGCAUGGGGCCGGGCAUGGCGCUGCCCUCCAGCCAGCACGUCCUGCUCAAGGCCAAGGCCGUGCCCGGGCGCUCAGGCUGGGAAGGGAAGCAGGCCGAUGGACAUUCCAGCAGCCCCCCAAACUCCACCUGCAGCUCCUCGCCCUCGCUGAAGCUGGAGAACUCCCUGCCAGGGCUGGCCAAGAAGCCCUUCCCGAGAUCUGAGCGGCUCCACGCACGUAAGGGCUGCAUUCCCUGCCCUCCCUGCUUCCCUGGGAAAAGGGCUUCGGCUGCUCCAGUGCCAGGGAAAACCCGCAGCGCCGAGAUCGACGUGGAGACGCCCGACUCCAUCCUGGUGAACACCAACCUGCGCGCCCUGAUCAACAAGCACACCUUCUCCCUGCUGCCCCCCGAGUGCCAGCAGCGCCUGCUGCUGCUGCUGCCCGACGUCGGGGCUGACGGGCUGAUGAGGCUCAGCAGUUCUGCGCUCAACAACGAAUUCUUCACCUCGGCUGCCCAGGGCUGGAAGGAGAGGCUGGCAGAAGGAGAGUUCACCCCCGAAAUGCAGCUGCGGAUCCGGCAGGAGAUGGAGAAGGAGAAGAAGGUGGAGCUGUGGAAGGAGCACUUCUUCGAGAGCUACUACGGGCAGAGUUCUGGGCUGAGCCCCGAGGAGUCGCAGCGACUGACGGCGCAGCCCGAGGCAGAGCCCGGCCGGCCCCGCAGCCCCCCGGCCCCGCGCCGGGAGCGGGGCACGUCCCCCUCGGAGCCUGGGGGCACAGCGGGGCAGGAGGGCAGAGAGGAGCUGCAGCCCGAGGCGGCCGAGGCGUCCCCGGAGCGGCGAGCGGCGAGAGCCGGGGACAGAGCCCACGGGGAAGCCCAGCCCCAGAAACCCCCCAUUGCCUCCUGCCCCCGGGCAGAGGAGCAGAGGAGGCCUGGGCUGGCGAAAGAGGUGCCAGGAAAGGAACCUCUGGGUGCCCCGAGCAAACCAAAGAGCCCCGAGGCGGCCGGAGGAGCGGCGAAGGCGCAGAGCCCCGCGGCAGCCCCGGCCACGCCGGAGAAGGAGAAGGAGAAGGAGAAGGAGAAGGAGAAGGAGAAGGAGAAGGAGAAGGAGAAGGAGAAGGAGCCCCCCGGGAGCGAGGCCAUGGAGGUCGGGCUGGAGGCCCACAAGAGGAAGGCGGAGAGCAGGGAGGAAGCCCCGGGCAGCCCCAAGAAGAAGCCCCGAGUGGCCGAGCCCUGCCAGCAGCAGCAGCAGCAGCACCAGCAGCAGCAGCAGCAGCAGCACCUGCAGCAGCAGCAGCAGCAGCUGCAGCAGCAGCAGCAGCAGCAGCAGCAGCAGCAGCAGCUGCAGCAGCAGCAGCAGCAGCAGCAGCAGCAGCAGCAGCAGCAGCAGCAGCAGCUGCAGGCCUUUCGGAGCCAGCCCUUUCCCGGCGCGGAGGCGGCGGUGCCGCGGGUGCCCCCGCUCAAGAUUCCCGUGUCCAGAAUCUCGCCGAUGCCAUUUCCCGCGGGCCAGGUCUCUCCCAGGGCACGCUUCCCCCUCUCCCUCAGCAGUCCGGGCAGGACAGGGGCCAGGACCUUGGCCGACAUCAAGGCGAGAGCCCAGCAGGCCAAGGCUCAGAGGGCAGCGGCCGCCGCCGCCGCCGCCUCGGCCGGGGGAGCCGUGCCGGGGCCCGGCCCGGGCGGGGGGAGACCCCCGGGCAGGGGGGCGGACGGGAGAGACGCCGGCGGAGCCCCCCAAGCUGCGGCUGGAGCAGAGGCGCUGGAGCUGGCAGGAGCUGGAAGCGGGGGAGGUUCGAGAAGGUUUCUUCCCCGCGGCGCGGGGUCCCGCUCGCAGCUGGGGAGCCAGGCGGAGCCGGGGGCCGCUCGCCAUCCUCCUGGAGCACAACUACAGCCAGGGGCCCCCGCGGCUGCCCCGGCGCUAGGGAGCGGCGCGGGGGCCGCGCCGAGCGCCCCGCGGGGCACGGCCACCCCCGGCUCCCCGGGCACCCCCGGCGGGGACCGGGCAGGGACGGCGCCUCCGGGCCCCGGGAACGGGCCCGGCUGCGGCGGCGGAGCCCCGGGAGCCUCGGCAGGGAGCGGCUGUGACCUUCCCGAAGGCAAAUCCUCCCCUCUGGUGUCCCCCUGGCCGCCCACGGGCCCCGGAGGCCGGGCUGGAGCCGUGGGCGCUCCUGUCCCCUGCUCUGGCAGCUCCUCCGUAGCGCCCAGCCUCAAACCUGCCCCCGGUGGGGCCCUGCCCCGAGCCAGCUCCAGCAUUCCUGCCAACAACCCUUUGGUCACCCAGCUGCUCCAGGGCAAGAGCGUCCCUCUGGAGCAGAUCCUGCCCAAGCCGCUGACCAAAGCAGAAACGAGAACUGUGCCCGUGGCUCCUCAGGAAGAGAAGGGGGCGGCAGCUCCCGGUGCGGCGGGGAGCGGCGCCGAGGCGGGGGACAGGCCGUCGGGUUUGCCCCCGCAGCAGCUCGGGAACAUCUUCUGCCAGAACCGGCCUCUGCCUCACGUUCCAAGGACCUUCCCGCUCCCCUCGGGAAAGGACCCCGGUGCUGAGCAGCACCAGGGCCACGAGGCUCUGAGCCAAUCCACCCAGGAGCAGAUCCUGCAGACUCUCAUCAAGAGGGUGCAGAGGCAGAACCUGCUGCCCGUCCUUCAGCCCUCGCAGCUGAACCUCCCGCACUCAGGUUUCCCGGUGGAAAACGGCUCCACCAGCCAGAGAUUCAUGCUGGGCUUCACGGGCAGGAGGACGUCCAAGCCUGCCAUGUCCGGGCACUACCUGCUCAACAUCUCCACGUACGGCCGCGGCUCGGAGAGCUUGAGGAGAGGCUUCUCCCUGAACCCCGAGCCCCGCGUGGGGCUGAGCAGCCCCGCCGAGGGCGCCGGGGCCGAGCUCGGCCAGGGCAGCAGCGGCGAGGAGGACGCGGCCGACGAGAGCUCCGGCGAUGAACGGGAGCGCGUCGGCGUCAACGAGGAGCACGGGGAGAAGGAGCAGGGCUCACGGGGCACCGGCCCCGGCUCCCUGGGGCCCAAGGCCGAGCCGGCCCCGGCGGCCGAGGAGAAGGCGCCGGCGCUGGACGGCGCGGCGCUGGCCCGGGACCUGCUGCAGGCGGCACAGGAGCAGAUGGCCCACGCCAUGAGGGGCAAGGGCCACGGCGGCAGGGAGCUCUUGGGGCCCCCCGCGCCGUCCCCGGACCCGGCGCAGCCCCCGCUGCUCCCGGCCCCGCACCCCCCGAAGCUGCCCGGGGGCGCCGGGGCGCAGCUCCUGGGGCCCAGCUACAGCGGCACCAUCAACGUCUCCACCUCGCCCGACGUGGGCCGGGGCUCGCUCGUCAGCGAGUGCAGCCAGCUGGCCAGCUCCAUGGGCAACGUCAUGUCCUUCUCCGUGACCGUCACCGCCAUCCCCGCCGGGCAGGCCGCGAGCGCCGGCGGCCACGGGCAGAGCCUCCCGGUGCAGGCGUUCGCCGAGGACGGCGCCGUGGAGGAUGCCCCUUCCAAAUGCUACUGCAGGUUGAAAGCCAUGAUCAUGUGCAAGGGCUGCGGCGCCUUCUGCCACGACGACUGCAUCGGCCCCUCCAAGCUCUGCGUCUCCUGCCUGGUGGUGCGGUAA